CCUUUAAAUAAAAUGCUUUUGAUAAAACGUCUCCUGUCCUUCUUAGAAUAAACUGCAUGACUCUUCCCUCAUGACUACAGUUCCUCGUUCAGCCAAAAGAGGACACUGUUGACCAAACUAUUGAUCGCCCUCUAAGUGAAUAAAAGCUUCUCAAGCGAAUUUCAAUACAGGAAGCUGUGACAGUCUACGUGCCGUUCACCUCGUACCAUCUCUCAUCCUGCCUUCAGCAGCCCGGCUCGCUGGAUGCUGCGCAGUGAGACACAAGUGCUUGUCGACAACAACAGGGUUACAUUCGAAGUUGAACAAUGAAGGGAUUCUUUCAGAUGCUGUCCAAGAAAAAGGAGCUUAUUCCUUUGAUCGGGUUUAUGGCUUUUGCUGCCAUGGGGGCCACUUCGGCUGCUAUCUACUUCCUCUUCACUAAACCUGACGUGAUUUUGAACAAGUCUUCCAAUCCAGAACCAUGGGAAAGAGUCGAUCCAUCGAAACCACAAAAGCUUUUGACCAUCAACCAGCAGUGGAAACCGGUGAAGGAGCUGGAGCACGUGAGGAACCUCACCAAGUGAAGCAGGCCCCGCCCACUCUGUCGCGCCCCAUCAGUCGAACAGAAUCCUUCCUGCACAAACUGGGACUCUCUCUCACUCAGUGUGCGGGAACGCUUCUGCUCCGCUGGCGGGGCCUCUGUCUGCUUCCUAGUAAGUCGUACCUCAGAGACACUGCCAUCCUGUAGCCUCAGCAACGCAGAUGCUUCGACAGUCGGACGUGCGCGUUAUCACCCGCUAAAGUGUUGUCAAUAAAGUAGUUUGG